AUGUCGUUCUCAGAUGCUGGAUCUAUAAAGAAACUCCAUGAGGUGGACACGGUGCUCGCUGAUGAACUUACUGUCAGCGACGAGCUGCUGAAGACCAUCGACCUCGCAGAAGAAGAUAGUCCAUUCAAGCUUUCUUCCUGGGUUUUUUCUCGCUGGUCCAGUAAACCUCAACUCAAUGAAAACUGCAUUGCUACUCGCCGGUCCGUUUAUGACAACCCCGAGAUGGCACAGCUGUACUGGCCCAAACAAGAAUAUGAGAACCUCCACAGGUUUGACCCAACUGCCAGAUGGACCUAUAGAGAAGAAAGAUCCCUAGUUCGCAAGAUCGAUUGGAAAAUAAUGGCCUGGGCUGCUCUUAGUUUUUCUGCUUUGAACCUCGACCGAAACAACCUUAGCCAAGCAAACACAGACAACUUUUUACCUGAUCUUGACCUAACAACUGACGAUUUCAAUUGGGGCAAUAGUAUUUUCCGUCUCGCAUUUCUAUGCGCGGAACUUCCAUCUCAGUUAGUGUCCAAACGACUUGGACCAGACCGAUGGAUACCAACACAAAUGGUCCUGUGGUCCAUAGUUACCUUGUGCCAGUUUUGGCUCACAGGAAGGACGACCUUCUUUCUUACACGAGCUCUGCUUGGGUUUAUACAAGGCGGAUUCAUUCCGGACCUUAUCUUAUAUCUAUCUUAUUUUUAUACGAAGAACGAGCUUCCUUUCCGGCUCGCCCUGUUCUGGAUGUCAUCAAAUCUAUGCAGCAUUGUCGGUAGCUUUAUUGCCUUUGGAGUUUUGCGUAUGCGGGGUGUACUAGGACGCGCCGGCUGGCGAUGGCUCUUCUUGGUAGAAGGUCUCAUCACGUUUUCCAUCGGAGUUGCGACAUUUUUUCGCAUGCCUCCCUCGCCGACACAAUCUCGAACGUGGUUCAGACCAAAGGGAUGGUUCACGGAAAAGGAAGAGACUAUCAUGGUCACUCGAGUUCUUCGAGACGAUCCAACUAAGGGUGAUAUGCAUAAUCGCGAAGGCUUGUCGUUGAAACGUCUUUGGACUGCGGUUUGCGAUUAUGAUCUGUGGCCGUUGUAUCUCUUAGGAUUGAUGUUCGGGAUCCCGGGUGCACCACCUUCAACCUACCUCACACUGUCACUGCGUAACCUAGGUUUUAGUACCUUCACGACUAACCUUUUGACGAUUCCUUCGACCGUAGCGGGAAUGAUCACCAUGUUUGCUAUAACGAUGGUUUCUGAAGUGCUGAACGAAAGGACAUUCGUCGCUAUGAACGAGGAUUUGUGGGUGCUUCCUUUCUUGGUCGCGUUGUAUUGUCUACCAGAGAAUCCAAACCAAUGGAUAUAUUUUGGGCUGGCUUCGGGCCUACUGUCGUAUCCUUACACGCACCCCAUCCAAGUCGGCUGGUGUUCGCGAAACGCUGGUGCGGUAGCAAGCAGGACAGUAAAUGCAUCCAUUUAUAAUAUGUUCGUCCAAGCCACAAGUGUAAUCUCAGCACAAAUUUAUCGCGCUGAUGACGCCCCUCGCUACCGGCGAGGGAAUCUCACUCUGAUUGUCAUAUGCUGCUUCAAUGUUGUGGUUCUAUAUCCAGCAACUAAAGCCUACUACAUUUGGCGGAAUCGCCAACGGGAUCGGAUUUGGGAUGCAAUGUCUGUGGAGGAGAGGAAGGAAUAUCUAACGACGACGACAGAUGUGGGAAAUAGGCGCCUCGACUUUAGAUUUGCUCACUAG